AUGAGGCUGAUACAUACUGUCACAUUAUUAGUUUGUGUUGGAUUCAUAUCUGCCAUUCCAGUAGAUAAUGGAGUUGAAGGAGAACCUGAGAUAGAAUGCGGACCUACCUCUAUAACGGUUAACUUCAACACCAGAAAUCCUUUCGAAGGUCAUGUCUACGUUAAAGGACUUUUCGACCAACAAGAGUGUAGAAACGAUGAAGGAGGACGUCAAGUAGCAGGAAUUGAGCUUCCUUUCGACUCAUGCAACGUGGCCAGAACCAGAUCUUUGAACCCCAAAGGAGUGUUUGUAACCGCAACUGUUGUUGUUUCCUUCCAUCCUCAAUUCGUUACUAAAGUUGACAGAGCUUAUCGUAUCCAAUGCUUCUACAUGGAAGCUGACAAAACCGUUUCCACUCAAAUCGAAGUUUCAGAUCUCACCACCGCCUUCCAAACUCAGAUUGUUCCUAUGCCCAUCUGUAAGUAUGAAAUUCUCAACGGAGGACCAACUGGAGAGCCUGUUCAGUUUGCCACCAUCGGACAACAAGUUUAUCACAAAUGGACCUGUGAUUCUGAAACCACUGAUACAUUCUGUGCUGUUGUUCACACUUGUACCGUUGACGAUGGAAAUGGAGACAAGAUUCAAAUUCUCGAUGAAAAUGGUUGCGCUCUCGAUAAGUUCUUGUUGAAUAACUUGGAAUAUCCUACUGAUUUGAUGGCUGGUCAAGAGGCUCACGUUUACAAAUAUGCUGAUAGAUCACAGCUGUUUUAUCAAUGCCAAAUCAGCAUCUCAGUUAAAGAACCCAACAGCGAAUGUGCUCGACCCCAGUGUUCCGAGCCACAAGGAUUUGGAGCUAUCAAACAGGCUCUUUCCGACCAACCACAACAACAGCCACAGUUCUUCCGAGUUCUCCGCAAAAGAUCUACUCAACUUGAAAAUAUUUUGGACGUGCGAGCCGAACUCACCACCUUGGAAGUUCUCGAAGGAGAGUUACCACAAGCAUUACCUUCACCAUCAGCACUUGUUCAAGAGCAACAAAUCGAUUAUUUAGUCUCUGAAGGAGUGUGUAUGUCCUACCACGUGAUGUCAGCAAUGGUUGCCUUCCUCUGCAUGAUGAUGAUCGUUGCCACCAUCUGCAUCUUCUUCUGCUUAAGAACCGGAAAGAGAGUAUAA